CAAUUUUCUACGCGAGUCCACGGUAGAUUCUACGUAGAUUCUACCCAUGCACCUUACAUGCCCUCCAAAAAGUUGCCGUCACGGUGUUGGCAAGUUGCAAUGUGCGGCCGCUCAAUUGAACUUUAAAGCUUGCAAGCUUGAACACCAGACGACAACGACAAAACAUGUUGAGCACGAGGCUGAUUCAAAGGCUCUUGAAACGAUUGUGUCAAGUGUUGGCGGCACUGACAACUUCAUCUGCCCAGCGCUUACGCAUUCUCGUGUCCUGCUUUCGACAUUUUGUGAUCAAUUUGAUACCUAGGCACAAUACUGACUCAACGUCGAGCUCCCCUCCGGACUGCUGUACUGUCUUCACCGGUGCUGGAUCCAAUGCACGCUGUCCCCAGACCACCUUACCACUUCACAACCGGCACAUAACUUCAGCAAGAGCCGCAAGUGGCACUGGCACUCAGGAUGUGGUGUUGUCUUCAACACUUCCAUUAGCCAUGCCUCAGGUUCCAUCCAUUCUCCAGCAACCCGUCCCGCUCCAGAUGUCUCCACCCACAAAUGCUGGCAACACAAUAUCUUCCAAUACUCCCGUCAUCACUCCCCAUUUUGUGCCAUUCGCUGCGAAUGAUGUUUCACGAUAUGAGAACCGUCCUCUUGUAGAUGAAUCUCGCCAGAGCGAUCGAAUUCCAGCGCUAAUGAGGCGUUUCGACAACGAAUCAUGUCCAUGGUUGAACGGGUCGGACUGGCAGUCAUACGUACACCCGGAAGGCGUGCUGUAUUUGUACAACGACCACCGAAGAACGUUCACGGAAGCAAACAUGAAUAAAAGCAUGUUCAGCUUGAUCGACGGAUGCGUAAAUGCGUUAUAUGACCUACCACAAGCAAAAUCAGUGAACCUCGAAGCUGAUGACAUCGAGCUCGUCGUGCAAGUAGCGCAGGUUGAAGCCCGGGAUGGUGUUCAACUGUCUUGUCAUUAUUAUUUUGUUGACCACACAGCUCGAACUCUCUUCUGGCUGCACGAUUACCAUCAAGAGAAUCUUUUGAGCGGGCUCCAAGGCGUCACUAAAACCAGGAAUCUUUUUAGCGGGCUCCAAGGCGUCGCUGAUCCGAGUCACAUUCGAUAUGUCUUGGAGUCUGAGUACUGGUGUGUCACAUGCAUUGUAUGAGCCCUGUAUGAUAUCAUGACAUGAAACGAGCAGGACGCACUGCGAAUACUACCCGAACCACAAGAUGGAUCGACCGAAGAUGAUCAAGGAACUGAGGGAGCUUGUCAUGCAUGCGAGUGCAG